AUGGCUAGCCAGAAUCCCACCGACGCAACCCCCUCGGAGGCCGCCGCUCCCCAGGUCCUGCCUGACCGCACAAACCCCGCUGAUAACCAGGCCGGCGAGUCCAAGAACGCCGCAAAGAAGGCCGCGAAGCUCGCAAAACUCGCUGCUGACAAGGCUGCCGCUAAGGAACGAGCCAAGGAAAAGAAAGCUGCCAAAAAGGCAGAGGCACCAUCGGAUGCUCCCAAGAAGGCUCCGAAGAAGAAGACCGAUGGUCCAGCCCUGAUUGGUAUCGAUGCGUCCAAGGAUGGCGACUUCCCUAAUUGGUACCAGCAAGUAUUGACCAAGGGCGAUAUGUUGGAUUAUUAUGAUAUCUCCGGCUGCUUCAUUCUCAAGCCCAACUGCUUCUUCAUCUGGGAGCAGAUCACGGACUUCUUCAACGCCAAGAUCAAGAGCAUAGGUGUAAAGAACGCAAUGUUCCCGUUAUUCAUUAGCUCCGAAGUCCUUGAAAAGGAGAAGGAUCACAUCGAAGGCUUUGCUCCCGAGGUUGCCUGGGUCACCCAUGCUGGAGAUACCCCCCUCGAGAAGAAAAUCGCUCUUCGUCCUACCUCCGAGACUGUCAUGUACCCCUACUACUCGAAGUGGAUCCGUAGCCACCGUGACCUGCCUCUGCGGUUGAACCAGUGGUGUUCGGUCGUCCGUUGGGAAGCUAAAAACCCGGUCCCGUUGCUCCGCACCCGAGAAUUUUUGUGGCAAGAGGGACACACCGCACAUGCCACCCCGGAAGCUGCUCGGGAGGAGGUGCUGCAGAUCUUGGACUGGUACGCCGCGAUCUACGAGGAGCUGCUUGCCGUGCCCAUGGUUCGCGGUUUUAAAUCAGACGCCGAGCGAUUUGCUGGCAGUGAAUAUAGUUCUUCUUGCGAAGGAUAUAUCUCUGCAGUCGGUCGUGGAAUCCAAGGCGCCACCUCCCAUGGUCUGGGCCAGAACUUCAGCAAAAUGUUCAACAUCUCGUUCGAAGGAACUAACGGAGAAAAGGAGCUCGCCUGGCAGAACAGCUGGGGAUUCUCCACACGGAGCAUAGGUAUCAUGGUGAUGACUCACAGUGAUGACAAGGGUCUUGUCCUCCCUCCUCGCGUUGCACAGACCCAGGUUAUGAUCGUCCCUGUGGGUAUCACGGCUAAGACCACUGAGGAGGAACGUGCGAACCUCUAUGCUGAGAUCGAGGGCCUUGUUACCGUCCUUAAGGCUGCUGAUAUCCGUGUUGAGAGCGAUAUGCGUGAGGGCUAUUCCCCCGGUUGGAAGUUCGCGCAAGCUGAGUUGAUCGGCAUUCCUCUUCGCUUGGAAUUCGGUCCCGGCGAGUCCGCUGGUCAUUUCGUGACUACGGCUCGACGAGACAUUUCCGGCAAGGAUGGCAAGGGAUCGAUCCCUAUUGCCGAGCUUGCUACGGGGGUUCCUGCUCUCCUGGAGACUAUCCAGAAGGACCUCUUCGACCGUGCUAAUGCUGAGUAUACUGCCCACCGCAAGAUCAUCACCAACUUCGAUGAAUUCACUCCCCUUUUGAACCAGAAGAACGUGCUGGUGGCUCCGUUCUGUCUCGCUGAGUCUUGCGAGGAGUCCAUCAAGACUCAGACUCGCCGAAAGGCCGAGGAGGAAGCCGGUGAAGCCGAAGACGCCAAGGCCCCCAGCAUGGGUGCGAAGUCACUGUGUAUUCCCCUGGAGCAGCCCGAGGGUAUUGAGCCGGGCGUCACUAAGUGUAUCAACCCCGAGUGUAGCAGCUUUGCUCAAAAAUGGUGCAUGUUCGGCCGCUCCUACUAA